AUGUCGUUCUUUGAUGUUUUGCAGCGCGGAGACGAGUUCAUCCUGAACGACCGCCCGCAGCAGUCGCGCUGGUGGAACGUGUUGUCGCACGCCACUUGUCUGGCCGCGGUGGGCAGUUCCAAGCUCAUCAUCUCGCUCUUCUAUAAUUUGAACCUGAAAGGACUCGAGAACCUCGAUCGAAGUCUGGCCAAAGCUCGUGCCGAGAAUCGUGGGUUUGUCACCGUGAUGAACCACAUGUCUGUUUGUGACGAUCCGUUUCUUUGGGCGUGUUUGCCCUGGAGAUACUAUGCGUCUCUGGACGAUAUUAGGUGGGGACUUGCAGCCAAGAACAUCUGCUUUGUGUCCAAGUCUAGCAGCACGUUCUUCUCGUUGGGCAAGUUGUUUGCGUGCGAGCGGUUUGGCCGAGGCCCGUUCCAAGGAGGACUAGACGCUCUGGUCAGAGUUCUUUCACCAGACGACACUCUGGACACAGAUCACAUUUUCCAGGGGCUGAACGAGUCCAAACCAAUUGCAUCUUCCCUGGUGGACAACGUCAAGUCGUUCUAUUCGCCAAAAUAUACCCCUCCGAUUCUCAGAUAUAAAUCUUCGUGGGUGCACAUUUUCCCUGAAGGAUACGUUUGUCAGCUGAAACCGCCCCAUAACAACUCCAUGCGGUUCUUCAGAUGGGGUACCGCCAGACUGAUCUUGGAGCCCACAGUUGCGCCGGUGGUGGUACCAAUUUUCUCGGACGGGUUCGAAAAAGUCGCUCCGGAAGCAAAAUCGGACGAUCUGGUCGACUCCAUUCUUCCUCAGGGCAUAGGGUCCACCAUCACCGUGAAUAUUGGCCGUGCGAUCGAGGACCGCGUGAUCGAGGCCUUCCGUGCUGAAUGGCGUGCUCUUUGCGACAAAUAUCACGAUAGAUCAAACCCAAACGACCUCACUCCGGAACUCAAGUUUGGCAAGGAAGCACAAAACCUGCGCAGCCGGGUCUGUGCGUAUUUGCGUGAACGAGUUGCAGAACUCAGACUCGAGAACGGGUUCGCUCCCGAAGACCCACGACUCGCUUCCCAGAAGUUCUGGAGCGAGUACACAAAAACAGAAGGCCAAAGUGCGCCCGACAUCCAGUUUGUCGGGUACAACUGGGCCAUCCGCGCAUACCAAAAGAACGUCAGCUCAUAUGACGAGCAUGGCAACGAGGUGUCCAAAUGA